AUGCCCAACCACCGCGCUCCACCAACAGUCCACCAUCUCCGGGAAGAAGAGCCAAACCCCCUCCAACGCUGGAACGGCAGUUCCGUAAGCCCCUUCAUGCGCUGGGCCUACGCAGUCACCGAUGCCCGAGGUGCCGUUCGUCCCAACUACAACUACGAUCCGGACAUGAACAACGCCAUCUAUCUGAGCGAGACCAUCGAUGACUUCGACCGCAACCCCUCCCUCGUCCACGAACUCGUCCUCCGCAUCGCGAAUCCCGACCUCGGCCAUCCCUCCAUGGACUGGAUCCGCGCAAACCGCUCUCUCGUCGACAUCCUUCUUUACCGUCACUACCAGCGCUACGGCGGUUUGAUGUUACCUCCAACGGCGGCAGCACUCCAGGCCAUGCAGCAGCACGAGGCCGCGAUCGCUGCUGCUAGGGCCGCUGGAGUCCACCCUGAUAACUAUCCACAUAUCAUGUUCCCGGCCUUUGGUCCGCCGCCGCCGGGUGAGGGCGAGGUGGGCUCGCCUGGAGGGAAAGGUAAGGGCAAAAUGACGCCAGGGAAGCCGUCAGGAUCGCCUCCGGGUAAGGGUAACCCGUUUGGUAGUAUUGGGGAUAGGGGUGGGUUUGGCCGUGGAGGUCCGAGUGGUGGUGGGGUUUACUAUUGA